UCUCCCAGCAUUCCUCACCGGGAGCCUGAACAGCAGUGCUCGGCUUGCUCGGACGCGGAGCUGCCGCUGCCUUUUUUUGUGCGCCUCUACAGCGGGUUUGGGAAGCCGUCAAGCCGCUGGUUAAGCAGUUUCAAACAACGAGGAACCGCAGCGUGGCGUUUUCUUUUCAACACUAUUUCUCAGAUUGGGGUCUUUCAGCAUGGGUAAUGGCAUCAAUAAGGUCCUUCCUGACUUAUACUUGGGAAAUUUCAAAGAUGCGAGAGACCGAGAACAGUUAGCCAGAAACAACAUCACGCACAUCCUGUCCAUUCAUGACAGCGCGGCUCCCAUCCUCCAGGAGAUGACCUAUCUCUGCAUUUCAGCGGCUGACCUGCCCACACAAAACCUGACUCAGCACUUUAAACAAAGUAUAAUGUUCAUGCACGAGUCUCGCCUCAAAGGAGAGGGCUGCCUCGUUCACUGUUUGGCAGGUGUGUCCCGCAGUGUCACCCUCGUGGUAGCUUACAUCAUGACAGUGACUGGGCUGGGCUGGCAGGAGGCCCUCGCCGCAGUGAGGGUGGUCAGGCCCUGUGCCGGCCCCAACCUGGGAUUUCAGCGCCAACUCCAAGAGUUUGAGGCCACUCAAGCUGAUGAGUUCAGAGAUUGGCUACGGAGGGAAUAUAAGGACAGCCCCUUCAAUGAUGAGGCUGAUAUACGGGAUUUGCUUGCCAGGGUGGCCAAAGUCAGUGGUGAGGAGGUGGAAAAACAGGCAUCUACACCACCUUAAGGCACCGGAUCUGGAAUUUUGAUGAGAUCUUUUGUAGCCCAGCCUGAAGCAUUACACCACUGUGUGAUGCUUAAUUAUUCUGGACCAGUUGGCAAGUCUAAUGUGCUUUGGAGUGGACUCCUGUGAGGAUCUUUCUUGCAACUGGAACAAUCCUCUAGAUUUCAUGAACACUGGAAGAGACAUUUAUUAUGGAGAACACCUAUUCUUUUUUCUUUUUUUUUUUUUUAGCAUUGGUGUUGCUGGUGCUGUUUUUCUAAUUUAUAAAUGUUUUGGACUGUGUGUUUUGUGUACUGUGUCAUUAAACAGUGAAAUAAAAGGAGUAAAGUGU